CACCAGCUCUUCCACCUCCGCCUGCAACAAUGGCGGCUUCUAAAGCUUCAACGAACAACGUGGACGACAUCGACACUCUCAAAGCCGACAUAGCGUCCUUCGCUUCUUCUCUCGGCCUCGCAUCUUCCACUCCUUCUUCAGGAUUCAACGAUGUCGAUUUCCGCAAGCACGGCCGUCUCAAGCCAAUCAAACACCAGAAGAACCCGAAACGAACUCCACAGAAGGAACCCGCCAACAAAACCCAUAAUCCAAAAUUUCUCAAUUCCAAAGCCAAGGAACAGCCGAAGCCGAAGCCCCCUGUUCUUGCUCUGGAAGACGGCAACGACAAGCCGCGAAGUUUUGACAAAUUCAAGAACCUUCCGAAGCUUCCUCUAGUGAAAGCCAGUGUUUUGGGUGCGUGGUAUGUGGAUGCUGCAGAACUGGAAGCGAAGGUUUUGGGAAAUGGGGAGAAGAUGGAAGUGAAAAACGUGGAGGAGUGGAAGAAAGUGGUAGAGAAGAAGAGGGAGCUUGGGGAGAGGCUAAUGGCGCAAUAUGCAGUGGAUUACGAGGCUUCGAGGGGGAAGAGCGGGGAUAUUAGAAUGUUGGUCACCACGCAGAGGUCAGGGACUGCCGCUGAUAAGGUUUCGGCAUUCUCGGUCAUGGUGGGGGAUAAUCCCGUCGCCAAUUUGAGGUCUCUUGAUGCGUUGUUAGGGAUGGUGACAUCGAAAGUUGGGAAGCGCCAUUCAUUAACGGGGUUUGAAGCGUUGAUGGAACUGUUCAUCUCAAGCUUGUUGCCUGAUCGAAAACUGAAGAAUUUACUACAACGGCCAUUAGAUCGUCUUCCUGAUACAAAAGAUGGUCAUUCUCUAUUACUAUUUUGGUAUUGGGAGGAAUGCCUGAAGCAGAGGUACGAGCGAUUCGUCAUUGCGCUCGAGGAAGCAUCGAGAGAUGAGCUACCGGCACUUAAAAACAAGGCCUUGAAGACCAUUUACGUGCUGCUAAAGAGUAAAUCCGAACAAGAGCGCAGGCUACUGUCUGCACUAGUUAACAAAUUGGGUGAUCCUGAAAAUAAGACAGCUUCCAGUGCCGACUAUCAUUUAUCAAACCUUUUGUCUGACCAUCCAAACAUGAAGGCUGUGGUAAUUGCCGAGGUGGACUCCUUCCUUUUUCGGCCUCACUUGGGAUUACGAGCAAAGUACCAUGCUGUUAAUUUCUUGAGCCAAAUUCGCCUCAGCCAGAAAGGAGAUGGACCACAAGUGGCCAAACGUUUGAUAGACGUAUACUUUGCUUUGUUUAAGGUUUUGGUUGCUUCAGAAGAUCAGAAGAAGCAAAAAAGUGGUGAGGAAGACAAGAAAAAAGCUUCAAAAGCCUCAAAAGAUAUCAAAGAAAAAAAUCCCUUAGAUGAAUCUCAUGUCGAAAUGGAUUCAAGGAUUUUGUCUGCUCUUCUAACAGGAGUAAAUAGAGCCUUCCCUUUUGUCUUGAGCAAGGAGGCGGACGACAUCAUUGAGGUUCAAUCACCAAUGCUUUUCCAACUAGUUCAUUCAAAGAAUUUCAAUGUGGCUGUUCAAGGAUUUAUGCUUCUCGAUAAAGUAUCAUCCAAGAAUCAAGUUGUCAGUGAUCGCUUCUAUCGUGCAUUGUACUCAAAAUUAUUACUUCCAGCCGCUAUGAACUCUUCAAAGGCAGAAAUGUUUAUUGGACUUCUUUUGAGAGCAAUGAAGAGUGAUGUUAACUUGAAGCGUGUAGCUGCUUAUGCAAAACGUAUCUUGCAGGUUGCUCUUCAACAGCCACCUCAAUAUGCCUGUGGAUGCCUAUUUCUCCUUUCUGAAGUUCUUAAAGCAAGGCCGCCAUUAUGGAAUAUGGUGCUCCAGAACGAGUCAGUGGACGAAGAAGAUGAACAUUUUGAAGAUAUAGUAGAAGAAGAAAAUAUCAAUGAACCAAGCACCAAACGAAGAGAAAAUAAAGAUGAUCCUCAACUUGCUCAAGGCAGUGAUGCUGCUACAUCCGACAGUGAUUCUCCUGAAGAAGAGGAUGAUUCUCCCAUGUCUCGUUCUGAAGAUGAUAUUUCAGAUAAUGAUGGGGAGUUGCUCAUGAGAUAUGAUGAAAAAGAUGCCGAGGAACCUUCCGUAACAAAAUAUUUGGAAAAUGGGCAGCAACCUCAAACGACUUGUAAGGAGCUGUUGCUCCCUGGAGGAUAUAAUCCGCGGCACAGAGAGCCGAGUUACUGUAAUGCAGAUCAUGCUAGCUGGUGGGAGCUUGUAGUAUUAGCUUCUCAUCUGCACCCAUCAGUUGCUACCAUGGCAAGAACACUUCUCUCUGGUGCUAAUAUUGUCUACAACGGGAACCCGCUUAAUGACUUGUCACUUACUGCUUUCUUGGACAAGUUCAUGGAGAAGAAACCAAAACCAAGCACAUGGCAUGGCGGUUCCCAAAUUGAACCUGCCAAGAAGCUUGAUAUGAACAACCAUUUAAUUGGACCUGAAAUCUUAUCGUUGGCUGAAGAAGAUGUGCCCCCAGAAGAUCUUGUGUUCCACAAGUUCUAUACAUUCAAAAUGAAUUCCUCGAAGAAAUCAAAGAAGAAGAAGAAGAAGAAGAAAGGAGCAGAUGAGGAAGCUGCUGAAGAGUUGUUUGGUGAGGUGGACAACAAUGACGAGGCUGCCGACGAUCUGUCCGACACUGAGAUGGUUGGUGUGGACGAGAGUGACAAUGAAGAGAUUGAGGGUUUGUUGGAUUCUGCUGAUCCUUCAGGUGAAGCAGAUGGCAACUAUGACUAUGAUGACUUGGAUCAAGUUGCCCAUGAAGACGAUGAAGACUUGGUUGGUAAUAUGAGUGACGAGGAGAUAGAUGUUCAAGCUGAAGGUUUAGGUUCUAGCAGCGAUGAAAUGCUUAGUGACAACGAUGAUGACAACUUAGGACAUGAUUCGGACGAUGAACCUAAAAAAGAGAGGAAAACAAAAGCAUCCCCCUUCGCAAGCCUUGAAGAUUAUGAGCACCUAAUAGAUAAGGAUGGUGUUCAAAAAAAGAAGUCUACUACUAAGAAGUCGAAGUCGAAUUCAAAGACGAGGAAGAGGAAGCGAGGCUCUCGUGAGUAGGUAGUACCUAACAUUACAAAAUCAGAGGCCCCCCCUCCCCUACGAAAAACAAUUGAUACCCCACCAAACCUGCAUUAGAAAAUUUAUGAUUAGAACUGUCCUUUUUGGGUUUGGUUGGUAACUACAAGUCAUAUAGAAAAUCAGCAAUUCUUUAUGUUCGGUUUUCGGCUCAGAUCAACACGAGAACCAGCAUCGCCAUGUGAGUUUUGUCUUUUGACAUCAGGUUUGCCAAACAAUUCUCCUUCACAAUUAUAUGUUGUCUGCUGUGAUUCCUUUAUUAAAUCUUAGCCACUUUGUCUCAACUUCUGUGCACAUCCUAAAGAUUAGAAUAUUACACACUCCAUAUCUUCAACAUGGAGAAGUUUUUGUUUGUUUUCAUCAAGUUCAUGAAUCUCAUGUUCUUGAUUGAUUGAUCACAAGAUUCUGAGCAGCAAUCUCUCAUUAUGGGUUCAAUAUCUUGACGAGAAAGAUUUUGUUUCAGUAUGAUGAAUGAUUAGUUCAAUGAUUGAACCGAAACGAUCGAAUCUAUUCUCA